AUGCCUCAAUGGAAAUUGUUUGUCAAUUGAAAUGUGAAUUACCUCUUAUCACUUAUUCUAUGUCAAAUGAAGUUAAAUCUUUAAUACAUUAUAUUUCUAAUGUGACUUAUACUAUUAGGAGUCGCUUUUACAAAAAGCAACAAAACUCAUUUUCCCACAGGAAAACACCCAACGAUUCUGUAGAAGGUGAUGCCCUGUGUUUCAGCAAUAAGCCACGUGAAAUUUGUUUUCCAUCUGAGAAAACAGAAGAAAGGGAAAACGAAACCUACAGAGAGUAAAACGCUAGCAUCUGACAUUAAAGCCUACACCACCUACGCGUUGAUCGUCUGCACUUCCUUUGUUUACUUCCUUCUUAAUACAAUCCGACUUCUCUCAGUCAGUCAGUGUUGUCCGCUGGAGACGCAGUAUGGAGAGACGACAGUCCCGUUAAGCUUCUGACUCAAAGAUUACGAGCGAGCAGGACAAGUCAAGCAUCAAGAUGGAUUACAAAUAUGAUGAUGGAGUAGAAUUGCUGUUGGCUCACAUGAAUAUAGAAGACAUCAUCAACGCUGCAGAGACUCUGUAUCAGCUUGGGGAAGUGGAGGAGGAAGGAGGCUUGUCAUUUGAAGAGGAAGGUCUCUCCCAGGAGGAGAUGGAUGAGAACGAGGAGGCAGGGGACUCAGGGAAUCAGCAGAAGGACUAUGACGAUGGGGUUGGUGGUGUUCGGUACGGGACGGUGACAGACCUCCUAUCUUUUGUCAACCUGCUCUCCAACAUGCAGGCAGCAGCCCUGCAGCACCUUCCUGAGGAGAUGGGAGUCCUGCUGAACAAGAAGGACAUGGCAGUAAAAAAAGGCCGCUACCAGAUCAACAUGGACGUGCUCCUGUUUCCAUGGAAAUUGACCUACAAAAAUCCCGGCCCAGGCCUCGUGCCCAAGGGCUCAUUUGGGAAAGUCCACUUGGCUCAGGACACCACCACCAGGAAGAGAAUGGCUUGUAAACUGAUCCCUUUGGAGAACUUUAAAGCAGCCGACGUGGAGUUCCAGGCCCGGUUCCGCCAUGAGAACAUUGCUGAGCUCUACGGCGCUCUGCUCUGGGACCAGAGCGUCCACCUGUUCAUGGAGGCCGGAGAGGGCGGCUCAGUCCUGGAGAAGCUGGACAGCUGUGGGCCCAUGAGGGAGUUCGAGAUCAUCUGGGUGACCAAGCAAGUCCUGCGGGGCCUGGAGUACCUGCACUCGCACAACAUCAUCCACCACGACAUCAAACCCAGUAACAUUGUCCUGAUGUCAGACAAGGCAGUGCUGGUGGACUUUGGCCUGACGGUGCAGAUGACAGAGGACAUAUUCAUUCCCAGAGACCUGAGAGGAACAGAAAUGUAUAUGAGUCCAGAGCUGGUUCUGUGUCGAGGACAUGACACCAAGACAGACAUCUACAGCCUGGGCACCACCAUCAUUCACAUGCAGACUGGUAGCCCUCCAUGGGUCCGGAGAUACCCACGCACUGCCUACCCAUCCUACCUCUACAUUAUCCACAAGCAGGCCCCCCCUCUGGAGGACAUAGCGGAGGACUGCAGCCUGGCCAUGCACUCCUUCCUGGAGCGAGCCCUGGAGAGGAACCCUGCUCUGCGGAGCUCUGCGUCAGAGCUGCUGAAGGACGAGGCCAUCAACCCGCCCAGGGAGGAUCAGCCGCGCUGCUGGAGCCUUGACUCAGCCCUCGAGGAGGCCACCCACACCAUGCUACGGCAGCAGAGCCAGCACCACGACACCACACAGGAGUCUUCUCUGUACUCUGAGGACUCCGGCCACAUGAGGAGGAAGGGCUCCUUGUACAUUGACCUGGGGGCCUUGUCAGGUUACUGUAAACUGGUGACAGGGCCCCCCGCCUCAGAUUAUGGCUAACACUGGACCACAGCUCACCUUUUAUGUGGCUGAACUUUAGUUGAAUCCAACUGAUAAUUUACUUUACUCACACUGUCGGAGGACUGAUGAAUAGUUCAGACAGGUGGACAGCUGCAGGCGACAUGGCUCAUUGAUGAACUGCGAUCGUUUACAAGACUCAAGAUGACUUGUAAUGAAUGGAAUUAGCUCAACCUUGAUGCUGAAAUGGACUAAUUGUGACUCAACAACACUGCAGGACAGCAGUUGGAAGAGAUGCAUUGUGUAUUAAUGAGCAUUAACUGUUAGCUAUUGGUAUAAUUUCCCAGAGCGCCAUAUGGGAUUCUUAGAAGAUGCUAUAUUUUAGUGUGGUAGUUAACAAAGUAAUCAAAUGCAAGCUGUUUUUUUCUCAUUAAACUAUGUCUAAUAGUCUUUAAAAAUAAGUUAUUUUACCACUAAAAAUGUGUAAGCUAUCUGUUAAAUAAUGUGUGCACUAUGCAAACAUGUAUAUGUAGUUCUUUAUGGACUUCCUCUUGUUAAUUCCUGUGGAAUAUUAAUAGCAUCAUGAUGCAAUACAAAUGACGCUUCUGUGGAAUGCAUGUGAUAUCUGAUUUGUGUUUUGUACAUCCUGUGAGAUGAGGCCUGCUGUGCUUUUUACUAAAAAGUUACUUCUGUUUUCUUUAGUGUUGAGCAUAGAAAUUGCCCAAAGUUUGAAAAUACAUCAGUCAUUAUGCAAUAAAAUGAAAAUCCCAUGCUAUAUGUGAUAUUUCUUUACUACUUCAAGUAGUUAAUCAUUUAAACAGAUUAUUCAUUUUGGAUUUGCCGCUUCACAACUAAGAUUCCUGUGAAAUAAAAAAAAUCACUAUGUCA